AGAGAAGAUAUAUGUAGAGCUCAAGGCAAGUGCGACACACUCGGUAGGUUAUAUUCCAUUCAUUAAUACCUGGAUAUUUUGGUUUGUUGUUAUUUUAGUUGCUGUUUUUGUUGUUUUGUUGCCAGCCCUUAUCUAAUCCCCCAUCCUGAAGGCAUCAGUAAAAUCGAAUUAUUUUAUUGUUAGUUGAUUAAAAUUAGCCUAUAAAAUACUAUGAGAAAACUAACCAUCUCAACUGCUUUGUGAACAUUUUUAAAAAAUAUUGUUUUACCUCUGUUGUAAAAUAACAGUAAAACAUUUAUUCUACUUUAUUUCUGGACAAAACUUUACCUGACAGCACUAAUUCAAUCAAGGAAUUUUCUCAUUUUGCGCACACAGGCCUGGCUGAGCUUGGUACUGUCUGUGAUGGCAGACGAAGUUGCUCUAUUAUAGAAGACAAUGGGAUCAGCGCAGCCUUCACUAUAGCACAUGAGUUGGGGCAUGUGUGA